AUGGUUUCACAAAAGUUCAGGCUUUUACCAAGGAGUCCAAAUUUAUUAAAAAACAUUUUCUUUACAGGCGUAGUUUUCGAACAACACUCCGAAGAGAUCCAAGAAGCUUUCAAGUUUGCGAUGGUCCAAUUGAACACGUUAAACAAAACACGGCUUGAUUUUCAACUCUUCGUCGAUGUUAUUAAUACGGCGGAUGCAUUUAAGUUAUCCAGACUCAGUAUUCAAAUUAGGGGCAUGCCCCAAGUGAUAUUCAGUACGUCCCCGUCGUGUGCCCUGGACCCCUUCCUGACCACCGUAACGGAGUGGCAGGUUGGGUGA